AUGGACGGCGAAGGCAGAAGCGAUGGGGCCGUCAAGAUGGCGUGCGAUGACGGGAGUGCGGUGCCACAAGACGGGAUGCAGCACCCCCAACAGCACCAGCAUCAGCAGCACGACAACAGUCAUCCGUAUUCCCCGUUGGGGGAUUCUGACCAGCAUGGGAAUGGAGUGACGCAGAGCUGUGUACCACAGGCCAUGACACCGGGCGUUGAGUCCAUCGAAUUCCCUCAGCUGGCAUGCGCAGCCGCACGCCAGCCAGCAGAAGGGCUGGAGGGAGGGCCAGCCGCAGGCGUGGCGCCAACCCCUCUUACCAUCACCGCCAGCAGCAGCAGCAGCAGCAGUGGCCUGAAGGGAAGCCCAGUUAGCUUCUUCGUGGGCAGUGCGGCGCGCGCCUUCAUAGCACAUCCUUUGAGUCCUCCGCUGAGGCCUAAGCGGCAACUGCGCCAGACGAGUUACCCACAUGAGAAUGUUCUCAACGUUCUACAUGACCUGCAUCGCAUGGAGAAACAGAAAGUGGAUCUGCGGCACCCGAAGCUCGCCACAUCGCGGGACACGAGCGAAACACCACCACUGGCCCCAACGCCGCCUCUAGGCACCUCAGCGCCGUUGGGUGAGUCAUUAUCGCACACGCCUCCGCAGCAUGAUGCAGUGACAUCGGAUUCUGAAAGGAGCUUCCACUCCCGAUCGUACUCGUGUCUCGAGAAGCGGGAGGAGCGGGAGUAUUUCGUCGAGAACUUCGCUUAUCACGUGCAUGUAUCGUCAGUUGAGAGUUCGACGCCGGUCGAGUCGGAAGGGCAGCAGGGGCAGAAGCAGCAGACCCACCGCGAGGAUGAAACAACAGAAGUGACGCUGUCCGUCUGCCACUCUGGUGCGGAAGUGUGUUUUGAGGGGCCUUCGCUGGGCCGCAACGGCCCUGGUGGGUGCCACGGGAACACAACGCGGAUGCAGCCACAGCAGCAGAAGCCGGAACAACAACAACAGCAAUGGAAAGCGCAGGUGAAAGAGCCACCGUACUUCGAUAAUGGUAAAAACGGAGUUGGUGGCGGCGGUGGCGGCCACGUCUGCCCGAGCGGCCUGGAGAAGCCCCUCCCACUACGCAUUGUUCUACCCGAGUCACCGUCGCUGUCACCUUUAUGGCGGGCCCAUUUGCCCCACAUCCUCAACAACAACAACAGCAGCAGCAGCAGUAGCAGCAGUAACACGGGUGGCGCACACGGUCACAGGAAUGACGAUAACGACAAUCAUGGUCUUUACUCUGGAACCGCGCCCACGCGAAACGCUGUUCAAUUCGACUCGCAUGGGUCUUCGUUAUACAAUGGCCGCGUUGACAAUGAAGGCGAAGGGCCAACGCGCGCAAGGCAUCUGGACUGUGUGCAGCCUGGAUCCGACCUCACGGAAUCCCGAUUGCGGCGCAUCGUGACUCCGCAAGAUGUGGCGCGCGACGGUCCUUUUGGGCGAUUUAGCUACAGCAUGGGCCACCAAGCAGUCCGAGCAACCAGACAGGAAACAGCUACUUCUGCAACGACAAGUUUCGAUGCGGUGGCGGUUCUUCCGGGACUUUUUCUUGGUUCUUAUGGUGCGGCAACGAACCUUGAAGCACUGGUCGCCCAGGGUAUCUCACUCGUGCUGAACGUCACCGAGGAGUGUCCAAUGACCGAGACGAUGCAGCACAACCCGUUCCGCAUUCGUUUCGUGCAGAUUCCGCUUAAAGAUCACAGUGACGAGAACAUUGGGCGCUACUUUCACGUACUCACUCAGUUGAUUCACCGACAGCUGCACCGGCGGGAGCACGCGUGUAGGGCACGAAGGGAAUUAGGCGACACUAAUGCGUCUUCCAUGGCGUCGGCGUCGUCAUCGGGUACCGAAACCGGUGGCGUACUUGUGCACUGCAGGAUGGGAGUGAGUCGAAGCGCAACGAUCGUGCUGGCGUAUCUCAUGAUUUACGGCGAGGAGCUUACAGCGAGCGGCCGCUGCAGCCGACACCGGCGUGACUGGGAAGGGCCUGUCACACCUCCUUCUGCCGUUGUCACUGCCAUCUCUCGCUGUAAUUAUGAUGCGAGGGAAGCUGCGAGUGGUUUUGAUAGUAGUGCUAGCAGCAAUCAGUGCUCCUGCUGCUGCUGCUGCUGUGUCGCCGAGCAAAACCGUCAACGUGUCUUGAGAAAGGAAAGUGGGGGCGGGUUGAGAGUCGCAAAGAGCUACAGGGCAGCAUUCGAGUUAUUGAAGAAGCGCAAAAGCGACAUUAACCCAAAUAUUGGGUUUGUUCUUGCACUACGUGAACUGGAUGGUGAAUUCCGAUCACCCAUUUGA